AUGGCAUUGGCGUUGCUAGCGGCUUUGAGCUGCAUGAUCUUCCCUGCCUCUGCUCAGCUCAGCACCUUUGACCCUCGAGAAGCGACCAUCUCAUCAACACAUCAUUCCCUUUACACAGGCCUGAGCACAUGUCGUGACGUGGUCUCCGCCUUCCUAUCCCGAAUCGAAGCACUCAACAACCACACGAACGCCAUCAUCCGCCUCAACCCCAAUGCGCUAACAAUCGCGAAUGACUUCGACACACAACUCAAAGCGAACAACGGCAGCUAUGGACCACUCUUCUGCAUCCCAAUCCUCCUCAAGGACAACUACGACACCGCUGACAUGCCCACUACUGGAGGUAACCUGGAUCUCGCGGGGUCUCAACCGACUGAAGACGCACCUAUGGUUCAGGCUCUCAAAGAUGCUGGUGCUAUCGUGCUAGGCAAGGCGAAUCUGCAUGAGCUGGCGCUGGAAGGUCUGAGUGUCUCGUCGCUUGGUGGACAGACGAUCAAUCCUUACGAUAGUACGCGGACGCCGGGCGGGAGUUCUGGCGGUACAGGUGCUGCGAUUGCUGCUUCGUUCGCUGUAUGGGGUACUGGCACGGAUACUGUCAACAGUCUGAGGAGUCCUGCUAGUGCCAAUAGUCUGUUCAGCUGUCGACCUACAAGAGGUCUACUGAGUAGAACUGGUGUCAUCCCAAUCUCUUAUACACAAGACGUAGUCGGCCCAAUCGCCCGAAACGUCGAAGACGUAGCUACCGCGUUAACAGUCAUGGCGAAAAUCGGCUUCGACUCCAACGACAACGCCACAGCGCUGGUACCAGAAGGCAUUCGCGGUACAGACUAUACUCUCGGCCUCACCACCGGCUCUCUAAAAGGCCUACGCCUAGGCCUUGUCGAAGGCUUCUUCAACAGAGCCUCAAGCCCCGAAACCGACCCCAUCAACGAAGCAAUGUCGAACAUAACAUCAAAACUCCGCGCCGCAGGCGCCACCAUCAUCUCCAUCACCGAGACGCUGUACAACGCCACCUCCAUCGCCAACCUCGACACUCAACGCUAUGAAUACCGCGAAAACAUGAACUCCUACCUCCAGCGUCCCUCCCUGGGCGGCUCCCACCCAUCCACUCUCAACGACCUCUACAACAGCUCCUCCAACUCCACCUUCCUCGUCAUCCCCGCGCAAUACGAAUACGUCACCGCCGCCUUAAUGUCCUCAACCUCCAACGCCUCCUACAACGAGAUCCUUCGCGGCAUCGAUGACCUCACCCUCUCCCUCCACUCGACCUUCAAAUCCAACGACCUCGACGCACUAAUAUACCCCCAACAGAAGAACCUCGUCGGUCCCAUCGGCUCGCCAUCGCAGUCAGGUCGUAAUGGUAUUUUGGCAGCGUUGACGGGCACACCGGUCGUUACGGUGCCGGUGGGGUUCUCGAAUGCUACGGGGACGGCGCCGGAGGGUGUGCCGGUGGGGAUGGAGAUUUUGGGGAUGGAGUGGACGGAGGAGAAGGUGUUGGGGAUUGCGUGGCAGGUUGAGAGGUUGGGGAGGGUGAGGAGCACGCCGAGGUGGGCGAAGGAGAGGGUGCAGGUGAGAGGGUAUGAUGCUGUGCCGGUGGUUGUGCCGGAUGGGGGAAGUGUGGAUGUGGAGGCGUAUCCGUUGGGUGUGUUGGGAGAGUGA